UCAGUGCAUCAGCAGGACAAACCUCUUAAGUCUUAAGUCUACAGGAAGCUUCAGCUCACCCGAGCCGAAGGAGCUCAGCAGUUGCUGUCGUAAUCGCGCCAAAUAUUUUUCAACACCUCUCACCCAGAAGCAUCCCGGAAAGCAAUGCAAGCAUGGACAACCAGAGAUUGGUGAGUGGAACGCGGUUUGGGGACCUGCAUCCAGACACGAUCGGAGCGCAGCCGGAACAGAAGGAGCGAGAAAAUGUCGAAGAGUUGCAGUUCAAGGUGGCGACCUAUGUGGCACGAAUGGAGAUAUUAACGCCUGAAGCCCUGAGAGUCACCUGUGCACAUCAAGCCUUGCGGUGCUGUGGACGAGCAUUGCGACCCCUCGAUGACGACCUCUUCGGAGAGAGUGUUGUGAGUGAGACGAUCUCCUGCUUUUGGUCGCAUUCGUGGCAUGGUCGCCACUGGAUGAAGAGCUUUUCAUUGAUGAUGCGCUACAAUGGUCUGUCAUCAGUUCUUCUUGGCUCUUUCAGUGCUUUGGUCAUGACGGUCUUCUUCAGUUGCGGUGUGUUGCCUGGGAUUCCUCGUGGCUUUGGUGAGACCUAUCGGGAGCAUUGGUCGGCCUGGUCGCUGCCAGCUGGCUUCGUCACUGCGGCGAUCACAUUUGUCUUGUGGCGACCCAAGCAGCUGGUCUUUCUUGAUCGGAUUUGCAUCAAUGAACAUGACACGGACCUCAAGUUAGCAAGCAUUUAUAGCUUGGCCGGCAUCUUGAAGAAGUCAGAUCAGAUGCUAGUGCUCUGGGACUCGACGUGGAGUGACCGCUUGUGGUGUCUAUUCGAGCUGGCCGCGUUUCUGAAAAGCAAAACGGUCCGUGAACAAGAACUGCUGAUCACACCCACCUUCCUUGGGCCAUGUUCAAUUGCACUUUUUGUCGGUGUAUUUAUUGUGAUGCUUCCUGUGACCACUGUUCCAAUGCCAAGCAUUGCAGGUGUGGGCGGUGUGGGUCCGUAUUUUGUUCUAGUCCCCCUCUCAGGAGCGGUUCUUUUUUUGUUGGUCAGUGGUUAUUUCAUAGCAGCGGCCUUCCGGGCUUAUUUCCGCUCGGUCCAGACCAUGAAAACCAAGCUGCUCCAAAUCAGCUGCGACCACGCCAAAUGUGCUUGUUGCGAUUUGAACCAUGUAUAUGAGGGAGUCCGCAUCAUGUGCGACAGAGAAAUCGUCAAGGAAUGUAUUUCGAUUUGGUUUGGCAGUGAAGAGGCCUUUGAGGACUACGCACGGUCUGAAGUCUUAGAGAAGCUGCUUGGACGACUCCAUGACCAGAUCUUCACCAGACAGUGGAGCCUCUCUGUGUCAAUCCCCCUUCUCUGGGCUUUCCUCGAUUUGACGGUCUCUCAUGCGAGGGCCAACAAUACGUACGCCGCUGUCGCUCAGUUGGUGGAGGGUGUGGUGCUUUGGUUCCUUUGUGCACCGAUCUUUACAGAUUUGUGUACCUUCGUUGCGUGGAGGUCUUGUCGAAAGGCGACUUCCAAGAUCAGGGAGAUGUUGGAGAACUUGAAAGUGGAACUGGUGGGCGUUCUUUGCUUCAGCGUGAUGGCUGGAAGUUGGUUCAUCAGCCAGGCACCCUACUAUCAGGAUCGUCUCUAUGAUGCUGCAGCCUUUGGAGGAGUGUGGAGCUUGGUGGCACUCUUUCAUUACUUGUACAAAGUUUCGAGAAGGUCCUACCUUUCGCGGGGCUUCCGCGCUUGACAGGCUUCUUCAGGUUCUUCUAG